UUUCGCUGCAAAACGAGACCUGGCCCGUAGCUGGGCACCGAAAAAGUACAAGACAUACACUCCAGCACUGCAUCCUAUGGUCAAGCCCGCAAGCAGUGAGACACCCCUAUCCACACCAAGAUUGUGAAACAUUGGGUAGCUGAAGUGGAUCGAUCCCGCAGCGAGCGCCGAUCGGAGGAAAUCAUUGCCUGCGAACAAGCUGGCAGCGUAUGAAGGAUAAGAAAGCGGCAAGUAGAGGAAAAUACACUGGAUGAUGAGGAAGAUGCCGAUGGUGGUAAUGACGAUGCCGAUACAGCUGACAAUCCAGUGAAUCGCCGGGUUGGCGGUCCAUCCGAAAAUGAACAAGCCGAUCGGCACGAACCAUGUGACGAGAAGGGCAGGCAAAAGUCGGCGCUCAGGUUCUCCCAUGCCAUGGGCGCGAAUCUCGCGUUCUACCACAAAGUAUAUAUAGUUCCAGUAUACAACGAGGGAGAUGAUGACCCCCACGGUGACGGAAAGGAAAGUAAGUCCCAUCUCUCCGAGAUUGAAGUGGUACAUGGCCUGAUAGACCAAGGGGAAGGCUUCGAAGAAACUGUAGAAGAUACCGUAGAUGAUCGCAGUAUAGAUUGCAGUGAAUGCAAUACUGGGGUCUAGAAGCAUCAGUUGAAAGGGUCGAACAAGUGCUUCGAUGGCGAUGUCACGGGUUGUGAGAUUCGCCUGAUCAAUCUCGCUUUGAGCUUGAAGACGUGAGUCGCCAGUGAGAAGACGUAAACGCUGGGCCCGACGUAGUAGGAUGUUGGGGGCCGAGGUCUCUGGCAAGAAGAAGAAGAGAGACAGGAAGAUUGGGCCGUUCAUCCAAAGCAUUUCCCACAUUGACCAGCGCCAGUUCUCUGCCUGUACGCUAAAUCCAGAGAUAAUGGGACCAAGAGCUGGACCAGUGGUUGCUGCUAAAGCCCAUAGUGAAAGAACAUAUGGGAGUUUGAUCAGACUGUACAUGUCUUGCAGACUGGCGCCUCCGGUAGCCAAGGCGGGACUGCCGAAGAACCCUUGGAGGAAACGCAGCACAACGAGACCAGCAAAGUUAUCAACCACAGAUGCCGGAAUUGUCAAGAUGACGAAAAUGGCGAAAGAAAUCAUGUAUGGUGGGUUUCGACCGAUGAUUGGGAUUUCGCUGAGAGGCGAGAAAAGAAGAGGUCCGAUGCCGUAUGCAAGGACAUACAUGGAGAGACCGAGAGACGCCAUAUUGAGAGUGACGCCGAAUUGCUCCAUGACACCUGGAAUGGAAGGUGAGUAUAUGGCCGAACCCAUGUACACGCCCAUUGUGUAAAUCAUAAUCUGGAAUAGGACCACGGCCUUUUUACCGAAGCUCCAAUUCUGAGGGUUAUCAGGGUCGUCGGUUGCGUAGAAAUCCACCACUAUGGUGCCAUUAUCGAGCGUUUCGGGCUGGAUCGGUCGGGACGGUCCCUUCUCCAUUGUGGCUAUAGAAAAUUGGUGUUCGAGGUCUGCACGUGAGAUGGUUUGCGACAAGGCCGUCCGUGUUCCCAGGCGGGAGAUCUGCGUAUGUGUUGUUUGUACGGAACGAGCCGUUUGAAUCUUUUCCAAGUCGAUCGAGUCAUCAUCUGAAGUGCUCUCUUCAUUUUCCAACGGCGCUUCUGACUCGGAAUCGCUUACUGAUCCGGUCUCCGAUGCUACAGGCUCCACUUGUGCCGUUUCCACAUGUGAGCUCUGGAUGGGUAGGUGGUGUUUUUCCCCUGAUCUUAAAGAUCGGUAUGCUUCGGGCAGUUCGAAGUCGUCACGCUCUUCGGGAUAUUGCAGGAAGCGCUUGUUGGAAGCCCAUCUGAUGAUCUGCCCGAUGGGCGCAUCUCUAAUCAAGGCCGACAUUGCGGAUGGUGUUUUGGUAGGAAGUGAGUUUGAGGUGUUGAUCAGGUGUUGCCAAAUUUCUGGACUGGAUGGAAAAAGUCGGUUCGAGCUGUGGAUAUGAAUAUCGAUGGUGAAGAUGAUGGUAUGCUGAGGCAAUGGAGUCUGAGUUGAUGAUGAGCUUAGAGGAGCGACUCCAAGCC